GGCUGCCUCAAGCUGCAACCGCAUACAUGCAGCCAGGAACCAACGAGCAAACACGUACGCGAGUCCAAGGUUUUGAGAUUAGCUACUCAGCCUAGCAUCCAUGGUGGCGGCGACGACGACGACGACGACGACGACGAUCCAGUCGGUGAAGGCGCGGCAGAUCUUCGACAGCCGCGGCAACCCCACCGUCGAGGUGGACAUUGGCCUCAGCGACGGAAGCUUCGCCAGGGGCGCCGUGCCCAGCGGCGCUUCCACCGGAAUCUACGAGGCCUUGGAGCUGAGGGAUGGAGGCUCUGAUUACCUCGGCAAAGGCGUCCUCAAGGCGGUGAACAAUGUAAACGCCAUCAUCGGGCCGGCGCUGAUCGGGAAGGAUCCGACCGAGCAGACUGACAUCGACAACUUCAUGGUCCAGCAGCUCGACGGGACCUCCAACGAGUGGGGCUGGUGCAAACAGAAGCUCGGGGCAAACGCGAUCCUUGCGGUGUCGCUCGCCGUGUGCAAGGCCGGCGCCAUGGUCAAGAAGAUCCCUCUUUACCAGCACAUUGCGAAUCUUGCAGGGAACAAGACCCUCGUGCUGCCCGUGCCUGCUUUCAAUGUGAUCAAUGGAGGCUCUCACGCUGGGAACAAGCUGGCCAUGCAGGAGUUCAUGAUCCUCCCAACCGGCGCCUCCUCGUUCAAGGAGGCCAUGAAGAUGGGAGUUGAGGUGUACCACCACCUCAAGAGCAUAAUCAACAAGAAGUAUGGUCAGGAUGCCACAAACGUUGGGGAUGAAGGUGGCUUUGCGCCUAACAUUCAGGAAAACAAGGAGGGCCUGGAACUGCUGAAGGCAGCUAUAGCUAAGGCUGGCUACACUGGAAAGGUUGUCAUUGGAAUGGAUGUUGCUGCUUCUGAAUUCUACAGUGAGAAGGACCAGACCUAUGACCUUAAUUUCAAGGAGGAUAACAACGACGGUUCCCACAAAAUCUCAGGCGACAGCCUGAAAGAUCUGUACAAGUCCUUCGUCUCGGAGUACCCCAUCGUGUCGAUCGAAGACCCGUUCGAUCAGGAUGACUGGGCCACCUACGCCAAGAUGACCGGCGAGGUUGGGCAGCAGGUGCAGAUUGUCGGAGACGACCUUCUUGUCACUAACCCCACGAGGGUUGCCAAGGCGAUCAGUGAGAAGACCUGCAAUGCCCUUCUCCUGAAGGUGAACCAGAUAGGCUCGGUGACAGAGAGCAUCGAGGCCGUCAGCAUGUCCAAGCGCGCCGGGUGGGGAGUGAUGGCGAGCCACAGGAGUGGUGAGACAGAGGACACCUUUAUCGCCGACCUCUCGGUCGGCCUGGCCACGGGCCAGAUCAAGACUGGAGCUCCCUGCAGGUCUGAGCGUCUGGCCAAAUACAACCAGCUGCUGAGGAUCGAGGAGGAGCUCGGCGACGCGGCGGUGUACGCCGGAGCAAACUUCAGGGCGCCGGUGGAGCCCUACUGAAAAGAAGGAGCCUGCUUGCUGCAUAGGUCUGAAGGGAGAUGGUCCACGAGUUCUUAUGGUGCUGCUAGUUAUACUAUUAUUACUGCUGUAUUUUGAUCCAAGCGUUCUCUACCCGAGAGCUAAUAGUUGUGAUUACUCGUACGCUUUUGCUGUUGGCCGAUUAGUGGUGUGUUUCUGUUCAUCUGAAAUAAAACAGUUUAUGCUCUUC